AUGGCCGAGUCAAAUCUACCACCACUUAGAAUCCUCUCGCUUGAUGGCGGGGGAGUCCGCGGAUUGAGCUCGCUGAUGAUCUUACAGGACAUUAUGAGCACCAUAUCGCAGCAGGAGAAAUCUUCGCAUAUUCGCCCAAAGGACGAUGACACGCCAUUGAAGCCGUGCGAAUACUUUGACAUCAUCGGCGGGACAUCUACCGGUGGAAUUAUUGCCAUUUUACUCUCCCGUUUGCGCCUGGACGUACCGGCAUGUAUAGAUAUCUACACUCAGUUAGCGGAGGAAAUAUUCAGCAAAGACCGUUCAAUCAAGAUAUUUGGAACGCCGCUCCGAUUUGCGGGGGCUCGAUUCUCAGGGGCAGUAUUGGAGAAAGCUAUCAAGCGGGUGUUGGUCGAGAAUAGCUUCGACCCGGAGGAGAAAAUGUUCGACGAGACGCUCACGCUACGUGAGAAGGAAAUCCGUCGUCGAGUGGAUACCGGCCAACUCACAAAACUAGAAGUAACCCAUAGUGGGGGUGUCCGGGAUGUAAUCGAGAAGAAAACCUGGCGAACGUCUACAAAUAGCAAUUUCUCCCUCAAACCCGCACAGGAUUCUAAGCCAGAUCCAAACACCCACAGUCCACAAACCCCCAAGCCGGGCUGUCAUGGCAUCGUGGUCGCAGUCUACAAACACGCCGUUGGCGUACCGAAACUGUUUCACACAAACGAUCCCGACGAUCGUAAAACUAAAAUCUGGCAGGCCCUCCGAGCGACCUCGGCAGCCCCCACCUUUUUUGACGAGAUCACGUUCGGCACGCCCAAGAUCACCUACAUUGACGGCGGUCUCGGUUAUAACUCCCCGUGCGCCGAAAUCGAUUUUGAGGCCAAAACCCGCUGGCCUGGUCGAGAAAUUGGCGUAAUCGUCAGCAUCGGUACAGGUUUACAAACCAUCCCAGCUAUAAGGCGUGGAUUGCGUUGGCUACCCUUCGGCCUUCAUCGCGAAUUGUCACUCGCGGGUGCCCUUGUGGCGAUGGCGACUAGCACGGCGAGAGUUGAUAAUGAGGUGCAGAGGAUGUAUAGGGAUGCACAAACAGAGUAUUACCGCUGGGAUGUUGACUCGGGACUUGGCGAGAUUUCUUUGGAGCAGUGGAUGAAGGAAGACGAAAUGGGAAGUGUUACUAGGCGAUACCUGGACGAUCCUGAUCAGGUUAUACGCAGGCAGAAGUUGGCUAGAACUAUCGUUGGGAUUUCGACUAAGAGGAGAGUUGUUGAGUGUUCUGCUGGGAGGUUCACCGUCACCACAAUCCCCGCAGGGGAAAAGGCUGCGAGCUGGUCGUUAGAAAGCCUAUCCCUUCCGGGCGUGCCCGGAAACAGCCGUGCAGGUCCAAUACCUGUCCUGGAAGACCUGGACCACGACGGCACCCGCGCCGAGUCACAAAUCCUAACCUGCAACCGCGCCCUCACUUCAUCAGUAGACCUCCGAACGCUAAUUUCCGGCGUGCCCACAGGCCGUUACAAGGCCCGCUUCAUCCUCCGCUCUUCGAUACCCGUAUCUUCGUCAUCCCCCCUUCGCCCUCCAGGCGACUUGAUCCUCUCGGCCGGGAGACCUUACGAUGCAAAGACGUUUACGAAUCGCUUCGUCGAUAGAUACAUUUCCUUGGACGUGGUUCCCGCGCUGCUAUACCCGGAUGCAGCGAGAAUUAGGGUUACCGCUCAGGAAUGGGCUGUGAGGAGUGAACAGAGUGGUAACAGCGGGUGGUUUGAAGUUUCUGGAGAUGCGGAGGUGGAGGUUUGUGCGGCUGGGUGUGUUGGGGUCGUGGUUAGCUGUUUGAUGAGGAAUGGGGGGGAUGGAGAAGGGGAUGAUGGGCAGAUUUGUGGUGGGUGGGGGUUUGGGGGUGUGAGGUUGGUGCCGAUCUAG